AUUUAUUAAUGGCAACACUUACUAUCCUGUCACUGUCACUUUUGUCACCGCAAGUUAGGUUAUUUUUCUUUUAGUUUGACACUUUGAGAUCGUGCAAAGCGAAAAUCAAAAUGGUUAACGUACCAAAACAGCGCAGGACUUACUGCAAAAAAUGCAAAUGCCACAAGACUCACAAAGUGUCUCAGUACAAAAAGUCAAAGGAAAGGCAUGCCGCCCAGGGUAGGAGACGUUACGACCGUAAACAACAGGGAUACGGUGGUCAAUCAAAACCCAUCUUCAAAAAGAAGGCGAAAACCACAAAGAAAAUUGUGCUCCGACUGGAAUGCGCUGACUGCAAGGUGAGGUCACAGGUGGCGCUGAAGCGCUGCAAACACUUCGAGCUCGGCGGUGACAAGAAGAGGAAGGGCCAGAUGAUCCAGUUCUAGGCUGGCUAAUAAAUAAGUCUUAACUA